AUGGUAGACCACCUGAGGUCGCUAGGAUUUGAACGUGACCUUGACCAGAUGGGUCAAGAUUAUUACAUCUUAUCUCAAUUGCCGGAGGUGGACAUACCGGCGGUGUUGGAUCCUUCAGAAUGGACCGACAUAAAACCCACCAUUGUCGAGCUGAUGGAUCAGAGGAGGAGUGUGCGCCUCUUCUGGGAAUGCGUCGACGUGGUUCAUCAACAAGGUCUUCCUCUGUUAGAAGAAACGCUCUCAUAUCUGAAGGCCACCACCGAGGACGAAGAACCAUUUCCGCAUCCUAUCGACAUGGCGGAACUUCCGAAGGUCCAUGAGAUACUGGCAUCUACAACGUCCGCAGAAUGCAAGUUUGAGAUGCUGCGUAAUGCUCUGCCGAAGUUGGUUCAAAAUUGGAAAUGGCACGUCCAGGCUGCAUUGCAAAAGCAGGUUGGAGACGAGACGAAGCAGCCGGGAGUCAAAAGGCUGCAAUAUUAUGAUCUUUCGUUCUGCAGGCAGCCUGCUAAACUGGUGUUUCAGUGCACGUUCUGCGGCGAAAUCAGACAUUGGCCCGAUGUCACGUCACAUUACCAUCCAGGUGCAAUGCACGCAUGUUACGAACACCGAGCACUGGAGUAUCAGAAUCCCCAUGGCGGGCAGAUGGGUUUCGAUACUGUGGCGACUGUGUAG